CGGCAGCUGUAUUACCAAGUCUUAAAUUUUGCUAUGAUAGUGUCUUCUGCCCUGAUGAUAUGGAAAGGGCUGAUCGUCAUUACUGGAAGUGAAAGCCCUAUUGUUGUGGUGCUCAGUGGCAGCAUGGAACCAGCUUUUCACAGGGGAGACCUGUUGUUCUUAACAAAUUUCCAUGAUGACCCAAUCAGAGCUGGUGAAAUAGUUGUUUUUAAAGUUGAAGGCAGAGACAUUCCAAUAGUUCACAGAGUAAUCAAAAUACAUGAAAAAGAAAAUGGGAACAUCAAAUUUCUGACAAAAGGUGAUAAUAAUGAAGUUGAUGAUAGAGGCUUGUACAAAGAAGGUCAGAACUGGUUAGAGAAGAAGGAUGUUGUUGGAAGAGCGAGAGGAUUUCUGCCUUAUGUUGGUAUGGUAACUAUAAUAAUGAACGACUAUCCAAAAUUCAAGUACGCUCUUCUGGCAGUAAUGGGAGCCUAUGUACUGCUGAAACGGGAAUCCUAAAAACAGUCACUUUUCCAAGAACAAAGUACAAAGUUAAAUAUACGGCGGGGGGAAAUCUAAUAUAUUUCAGAUGUUUUCAUUUCUGUAUACAAUUACAAACUGAGCGAGCUUUUCUCUUGUCUAAAUAAACUGUACAAGUAAUGAGU